GCUCCGGAGAGGAGCAGGAACCCGCCGGGAGCCCCGCCGGGGGCGGCCGGGACGAGGAGCGGGAGGCGCCGGCAGCCGCGGGGUUUCAGUGCGCAGGAUGGGGCUGUGCCCGCACGGCCCCGGACAGGCUCCCUCCUCUGCGCACCCGAGUGCAGCAUCCAGCGCAUGAAGACAAAACACCGGAAUUAAGCCGUGCUGUAAAGACAGAUCAGGUUUCAGAGGAUGCACUUGUGCAGAUGAAGAGUGAAGCGGCCAGCCCAGAGAUGAAGCACUGUGCCCUGUGACAUUUACUUCUGCUGUUUGCACCACUGGAGGAUGGCUGCCAGACUCUGUGAAAAUGGCUCUGGUCAGUACCACUGCACCCACACCAGCCAACGUCUUGAAAUCAGCUACAUGCUGGUCCUGAUUAUGCUUGGAAAAGUCUUCCUUGAUUUCUUCAUGCUGCAAAUGAAGGCAAAACCAGUGAAAGUCAGUUUUAUGGGAUACUUCUGCGUUUCAGUGGCACUUCUCGAUUUCACACUGCUGCUGAGCCUGUGUUUCAUUUUCUGUUUUGAGGACUUUGCACUGUGGGGUGUGAGGUUCACAGAGUACCACAUCUGCCUCCUCACCCAGAUCUGCUCCCUGACCUACGGCCUUGUGCCCUUCCCAGUGUACCUGCUGGCUGCUCUGGAUUAUUACAGCACCGUCUCCCACACAUCCCAGCUCCCUACAAGAGCUCGGAAAUUCCUUUAUGGAUUUGCCGUGGUGGUUAUAUGGAUUUCUGGGUUUUUUUGCACUCUCCACGUUCCUGCUGUCUCUGAAGAGCUGGAGAUGCAGAACAGUGUUUCCCCUUCCCAGUGCCCUGUGUCUGGCAGCUGGCAGAGCUCCUCGGUGUCGUGGGCCAUGGUGCUGCUGCUGGGCACGGCUCUCCUGGCUCGCUGCAAGGAGGUGACAGCCAUGCUGCUGUCUGCCAGGCUGCUCUCCUUGUCCAGCCAGCCUGUGCUCAUCUUCCCCUACGUGCACAACAACACCACUUGCUGUAAGUGGCAGCUCCUGAGCAGGCUCCUCCUGUGCUUCCUUGGCACUUGGGCACCGUUUGUGGCUCUGCAGGUGGUGGUUGUGCUCCUGGGUGUGCAGAUCCCGGCCUACGUGGAGAUGAACGUGCCCUGGCUGUGCUUCAUCAACAGCUUCCUCCUGGCAGCAGCCUACUGGUGCCGCUGCCACGAUGUGGAGCUGACAGAGGAGGGCUGGUGCACAGACCCCUUUGUCAGCUGGAAAUUCUGCUUUAUGCCGUUCAACAAUGAAAGCACAAAGGCAGCUGAUAAGCCAGGCACAGUAAUUGUCAUCUGCUAACGAUGCUGAAAGGGCUGCAAAGAGGCAGAACUCGGCUGUUGGGUGGCCAGGUCCUUACAGAAAACAAGGAAACAUCUCCAGAGCUUCACUCCAUCGAGUGUCCAGCAAUACUCCAGUGAAUAUUGCACUGCAAGCACUGCCGGGCCAGGAAUUCAACUUCAAUUUACAUGUUUUAAAAAACCACUGCUUAUAUAGGACAAGUUUUCAGUCAUUUUUCUGACUAGAAUUCUACACUUCCUUUAAAUGGAAUUAUCUCAGGUUUUACAGUACAAAAUGCAAUAACAUCUUGAAGGCUGGAGUUACAUACAGAUGCUGACCUAAGGUUCAAAUGACUUCUUGAAGUGUAUUUUGUUGUUAAAAUGUGGAUUUUUGUCAGCUGGAUGGAAGGUAAGGGUUGCUGUCUGUUUAACAAGAAAUAACUUGUUUUAGUUAAAGUUAUGACUCUUACAGGAAUAGAAAUUUUUAUAGUACAAAACCAGUGCAAGAUGUGCAACUUCCACAGCCUCAGAAGAGGUGCUGUUUCAUUGUUUCUUUGCUGCUGCUCCUCUAAGAUACAUGAACAUAUUAAUAAUUAAAUAAUUAAAGCAACAAGCAUCAAGGUUGCUAUACAUAAAUGCAUGCCCAAGGUUAAAGAAUGUUUCAAAUUAAAAUAUAGCUUAUUUUGAAGCCAAAAUUGCUUUAAAAUAGUUAAAUAUGAAGUGGGACUAAUUCAGCAGGGAAAGAAUUAGACUUCUAGAAAAAAUACUCUCAAUUUUCAAAUUCUUAGAGUUUUACAAUGGACUUGAUUGGAUUUUGGAUAAGAUAAAUAAAUGAUACACAACCAAAGCAGACA